UUUGUUAAACUGUUCCUAGAUCCGCUACAGACAGGAGCAUAAAAUAUGCAAAGGCGAACAACUGCGUGAGCUGAUAGCUCGUUAGCCCUGUAGCUCCCAAACUUGCAGUUAGCAAGGAGUUGUGCUGUUGAGAAUGAGCAUGGCAGACAAUUUUAAAGGAAAAACGUCAAAAGAGCAGAAAUACGAUCGACAGCUCAGACUGUGGGGUGAUCAUGGACAAGAAGCGUUAGAAAAUGCUCAUGUUUGUUUGAUCAAUGCUACAGUUUCUGGGACCGAAAUUCUUAAAAACCUGGUGCUUCCAGGCAUUGGCGCAUUCACCAUUGUAGAUGGACACAAAGUCUCUGGAGAAGAUGUUGGAAACAACUUUUUUCUAAGUAACAACAGCAUUGGAAAGAAUCGUGCCCAGGCUGCCACAGAGCUCCUACAGGAAUUGAACAGUGACGUAUCUGGAAACUUUGUCGAGGAGACUCCAGACAAGCUCUUGGACAAUGACCCGGAGUUCUUCCACAGGUUUAGCUUGGUGAUUGGCGUUCAGCUCCCCGAGAGCACAUUUCUUAGACUGGGGGCAGUUUUGUGGAGUGGCGCAGUGCCCUUUCUGCUGUGUAGGACGUAUGGCCUCGUUGGGUACAUGAGACUAGUGGUGCAAGAACACACAGUCAUUGAAUCUCAUCCAGACAAUGCAUUGGAAGACUUGAGGCUGGACCACCCAUUUGCUGAGCUGAACAAUCACAUUCAGAAUUAUGACCUGGAUAAUAUGGGAAAAAAGGAUCAUAGCCAUACGCCAUGGAUAAUCAUCGUCGCUAAGUAUCUUGAAAAAUGGUUCAGUGAGCACAAUUUUCAGCUACCGAAGAACUACAAAGAGAAGGAAGCAUUCAGACAGCUUAUUCGGCAAGGAAUCCUCAAGAAUGAUAACGGAGUUCCUGAAGAUGAGGAGAACUUUGACGAGGCAAUCAAGAAUGUGAACACGGCCCUGAAUCCCACCAAGAUCCCCAGUGCAAUAGAGGAUCUCUUCAAUGGGGAGCAGUGCAAGAACAUUACGUCUCAGACGGCGGCGUUCUGGGUGAUGGCCCGGGCGGUGAAGGAGUUUGUGGAGAAUGAGGGUGCAGGAAAUCUGCCUGUGAGAGGCACCAUCCCAGACAUGAUCGCUGACUCUGAGAAAUUCAUCAAACUCCAGAGCAUUUACAGAGAGAAGGCAAUGCAAGAUGCCAUGGUUGUGUCAAAGUAUGUGGAAUCUCUGUUGCAGUCAGUUGGAAAGCCAACAGAAAGCAUUUCUGAACAAGACAUUAAGCUCUUCUGUAAGAAUUCAGCUUUUCUGAGAGCGGUGAGCUGCCGGUCGCUAGCUGAGGAGUACAGCAUGGACUCCUUCUUUAAGGACGAGAUCACCUCCUGCAUGGACAGCCCCGACAGCGAGAUGGUGCUCUACCUCAUGCUGCGCUCGGUGGAUCGCUUCUACCAACAGCACUCCCGCUAUCCAGGCGUCUACAAUUAUCAGGUUGAAGAAGACAUUGGCCAGCUGAAGUUGUGUGUGAACGGCUUGCUGCAGGAAUAUGGCCUGAAUGUGAAUGUAAAAGAUGACUACGUACAUGAAUUCUGUCGCUACGGUGCUGCUGAACCCCACACAGUAGCAUCUUUCUUGGGAGGAUCUGCUGCUCAGGAGGCUAUCAAAAUUAUCACACACCAGUUUGUACCUUUCAACAAUACCUUCAUUUACAACGCCAUGUCUCAGACAUCUGCCACUUUCCAGCUGUGAAAUAAAGCAUUUGCUCUAUGCUGUACCAUUAUUUACUGUGCUGUAAAAUGUUUGUUUGUUAUUUAAUGCUCCAAUAUAUAGCCCGCAAGUUUAUCAAAAUGUCGCCAAAUGGGAUAGUCCUUCUUGUCACACGUUAAAGGGCUUUAUCUUCCCGUUUUGUUCUUUACUGAUAUAGCCAAUUGUCAAACAAUGUUCGAUGGAAGUCAAAAGUUUAUUCUGUAUAUAUCACUGAAAUGAGACAUUGAACUUAGUCACAAUCUUCUUAUGUUUGGAAACUUACUGUAUUUGCACGGUCUUACAUGCAGAACAGGUGACGUAUGCAUGAACAUUGAAGUGGGUUUAUCCACAGUGGAAAUAAUUGCAGUUUGUUCGUUAACUACCACUUAAUUACAACAUUUGUAUUUUUUUGUUGGUGAUAAUUUAAAAACAUAAUGGUAUGACUAUAUUUUGCCAGUGAAGCCUCAUUAGCUAUUCUGGCAUCUAAAUGUUGGGUCUCGGGCCAAUUGUUGACUUUUUUGUAUCCUCCUUUCAAAGAAUGGAGGUCACCUUGUUUGCAUUCUGAAGAAUAUAGACUUCAGUUGUUUCAGUAUAAUUACUGAUAUUGGCGAAUUUCGUCAUAUAAUUGGUUGUUAUUAUGUCUAACUCAGCUAUUUCCAUUGUAGAUGUCCUGGAUUUAUAUCACUAUAUUAAUGGUGUACUACAUAAAUACUGUGGGAAAUGCCUUGUGUUUGUCACAGAGAUGCAGAAUUGUGAUAAAUUAAUAAGGUGUCCUGAGUAAAACAUUUUCCUGCACCAAAGUGGUGAUGGAAAAAAAUAAAAUUGUACAUACUUCUCA